CAUUAUCUGAGAUACCUUCAUUUACCAUGGGGCUAAUGGACCGCCAAUGACAAUGACUCUGUGCUCAUCUUAAAGAAAACGCCAACGCAGAAGAAAGUUUGAAACAGAUCAAUGAAGGUGCACCAGUGCGCACUGAAGAGUAAUGCGUAAGUAGAGCUGGAAUACUUAAACAGAGAUCCGAUCAGUCCACAUGGACAGACACAACGGACCAAGGGGUUUCGAGUGACAUUUCACGUGUUUUUGCAAGGAUUAUAAAAUGUUCACACCUGUGCGAGUUUUGAUAAUGUUUGGAUGAAGAUGAAAAAUUGCGCAUUGCAAAAGAUCUUCACCGUUAGGCAAAUCUGCAGAGCUUCUUAAACAAGUAUUGCAUAAACAGGACUGAGAAUAUUUAAGGGGUGUUUACUGGACAGAUACGCAACUGCGCAAAAUGUCGAGAGCGCGUAAAUGUGUUCGGCUGCUUGUAAGCGUGCUGCUGGCUGUUUGGAUAGAGCGAGCAACCAGCUUCCCUACGAGACAUCACCAGAGCACAAACACCAGAUUCAGACACGGAGUUUCCGUAGAGGCACAUCCUCAGACAGCUUUGAGAGAAAUAAGCCAUGACCAUAAUCUCCUGCACCAGCAGAACCAGGUCCAGAGUCAUUUAGUAGACUCACAUCAUCACCAACCCAAGUGGUCGCAACAUCGCUCUUCAGGUGUUCUUCCUCAGCCUGAGCCCAAAGAAGAAUCCAAACCCUUUAUCCUAGACCUCAACAACUUCCCAGACCUGGCAAAUGCUGACAUAGGCUCCCAAAACCCAAACAUUCAGGUGACCAUAGAGGUGUUUGAUGACCCUCCCGUGGAAGUGGAGAUGGACCUGAUUAAAGAAUGGAACAAUGACUGGCCCACAUCUUCCUCCUCUCCUUCCUCUACAGUGGACUGGCUGGGUGGGAAGAAGCUGUUUUGGCCAUUGUUCUGGGGUUACACAGAUGCAGAUUUAGGCGAGGACGGCACAGGCCAGGCAGUGGAGGAAGAGGACGACUACACAUUGGAGUAUGACAGCGGGGAGCCACUGCCUAGCGGGUUGGGCGUGGAGGGUGGUGAUUGGGAAGCUCCAUUGACUCAGGGGUGGAAUCCUGCUCAAAGCCGUUAUGAAGAGAAAGGGGAGGAGGAAUGGAGUGCAUGGACUCCCUGUAGUGUCACAUGUGGCAAUGGCAACCAGACCCGCUCACGCUCCUGUGGAGAUUUCUGCACAUCUACUGAGUCCCGAAGCUGUAACCUCAUCCCAUGCCCAGAUGAUUUGAACAGUGUGGGCGAUGUCUUUCCAUUUGAGAUGGAGAAUGGUACAGAACCUUUUGGCAUGGAUGUUGAUAGCUGUGAGAAGUGGUUGAACUGCAAGAGUGAGUUUCUUCAGCGUUACCUGCAGCAUGUCUUGACGGAAUUACCCAGCUGCCCCUGUACCUAUCCAUCAGAAGCCUCGAACAACAUUGUCAAUCUGCUAGAUGCAAGACAUGACCGGACCUUCCAAUGGAGGGAUGCUAGUGGCCCAAAAGAACGCUUGGACACCUACAAGCCCUCUGCGCGGAACUGCUUGCGCUCCACUCUCUCACGAGAUGGCACCACACUGGCUGCCCAGCACUGCUGCUAUGAUGACCAUGGUCAGCUAAUUACAAGAGGCAAGGGGGCAGGCACCCCCAACCUAAUAAGCACAGAGUUCUCCCCUGAACUGCAUUUCAAGGUGGAUGUACUGCCCUGGAUACUGUGCAAAGGAGACUGGAGCAGGUUUCAUGCCGUCCGUCCACCCAAUAAUGGCCUGCAUUGUACAGAGAACCCCCACCAGGACAUCUUCAUGAAUGAAUUAGAGGAGGCCAGAGAAUAUUGAGGCACGAAACUACUGUCCCUUCUCUGCCCCUUAUGUUCUGCUAUGGUGCUCAACAUAACCUUAUAAAAAAAAAAAAUACGAAUAAGAAUACAGUUUCUUUGCCAGCCGCAUAUGUGUGCAGUAUAGAACCAGUCUUGUCUCACAGGACGCACUACUAUAACUGAGUUUGCAAAGCAUGGCUUCUUGCCAAUUAGCUACAUAUUUAAUGUUGAUUAGUUUUUGUGGCUAAUGGUUUAAAAAUGGUUUCCAGUCUAGGCUCUUUUGACAUUUGACUGAUGUAACAGCACUAUUUGUGUAUCCAAAAAUUUAUAAAAAAUGAUUUAGUAGCUGUAAAGCAUGUUUCAUUUUUUAUAUAUCUAUAUCAGUGCUGCUAUUUCUGUAAAAAUGUGACAAAUCAAUAUCAAUUUAAAUAGUUUUUGGAAGCUAAAUCCAAGAAAGUAUUUGGGUACAGCCAUUUUGCAAAAUUUUCUGAGAUUUUCAUUAAUGUCCAAAGUGCAAAGAACCUACAGUAUAAAAAUACAAUAGGUACAUUUGUCUGGCACCUUCUGUGUAACAUUUCAACAAAUAUCACAUAUAACAAACACUUAAUCUCACCUAAUCUACUCAAAGACCAAUAAUAUCAAUAAACAAACUAGUACUGUUUUUCUUGUUUUACUAGUCUCCCAAAGCCCCUUCAUGAAGGUGUCCUCUAGAGACUUAUGAGUAUGCUUGAGAGUGAAUGGGCACAUUUUCACUGCCAACUCAGGGGAAAUCUCUUCAUAAAAAUCAAUGUUCAUUUAGCUCUUUAAUAGAGUUUCAAUGGAGUCUAUAAUUUCAGAUAGCAAACUAGAAGGCAGAGAUAAAUAGAAUAUUGGAACAUUAAAGUAUUUCUGAUUCAGUACGAUUCAAGCUCAAUUGACAAAAUUUGUGGCACAAUGUUUAUUACAACAAAAACAUUAUUUUGACUUGUCCCUCCUUUUAAUAAUAAUAAUCAAGGUUACAGUGAGACACUUGCCAUGGAAGUUUUUUUGUAGGGUUUAAAGGCAGAAAUGUGAAGCUUAUAAUUUUAUAAAAGCACUUACAUGAAUUUUUCUGUUAAAACUAUUGUAUUAUUUUAGCUGUAAAGUUGUUUAAAAUGUCUAUUUUACUGUCGUUUUAAGGUUUUGCCGUUUAUGGCAUUACAUAUUUAUGGCAACAAAGCUGUAAAAUUGUGUAUAACUUAACACAGAAAAGGUUAGUAAUCUAUUUUAUCAAAAUAAAAUCAUGUUAAAAUGUUUUUUUUUUAACGUCUUGUAGCUAUACUUUUGAAAUAGUGAGUAUUUUAGCAUAUACGGAUUAGCCCCAUUCAAUUCCAUUGCAAGUGCCUCACUUAAACCCAGAUUUUCAAGUCGAAAUUGUUUUUUGGUUGUAACCAACGUUAUGUUGCAAAUGCUGUGAAUUAAGUUUUACAUGUAUUGAACAUGGAAUAUAACUUUAAGAAUUUGGAUUGUUACAGUGUGGUACUUAUAUGAUGCUAAUGUGCUUUUUUGACACAUUUUUGCGAAUGUGCAUUUGCUGUGUUGUUAUUGCUGUUGUUUCUCAUGCAUUGUUGGGAAUGGUUGCAGGGGAGCUAUACUUGCUCAAGACCUCUUAUUUGAAAAUAUUAUUUUCAAGAGUAUGCAGACUGUGUAUGCACAUGCUAUGGCUGGCACUUUAUUUAACGUUCAUUCAAAUGUAUAUCUGCGUGAUAAAGCAAUGUUAUCUGUAUUUGUGGUGUUACUGUUGUGAAGGGAUUACCUCCCAUGGUCAUUGUUAUAUUAAUGAAAAUGUACAGUCAUUUUCGGUAUUAGUGUGUAGGCAUGUGAUUGUACAGUAUUUAUUGUAUUUUUAUCACACGUUUGCUAAUGCUUUGAAUUCAUAUGGUGGACACUAACUUAAAAAGGGAAAUUGUGUCACAUCUCUUUAACAGCUACAAAAUUACUUGAUGUUCUAUGUUGAUUUUGCAAGUUGCAAAUUCUAUUAAAACAAAUACAAA